GACACCUGGUUGCUGAUUGGUGGACAAUUCAAGUAAAAGUUCAGUUUUGCCCACUCGACAUCUUCAUUUGUUGUUGGAUUCUCUUCACGGAAAAUUCUGCUGAAACUCAAGCUCUACAGUCAUCUAUAUCGAAAACGUAAUUGUGAAGAUGGGUGUGUCACUACCACAUUGUCGUAGAACAAAGAAAUCUGGAGAACAUGUUCAAGACCAGGAUUCAUCCUCAACUCAAUCUGAUGGUCAAUCACACUCUGAAAUGGCUAGUUUGAAAGAAGGCAACCCUUGUGGGCUAGGCGUGGUUUCAGGAUAUAAUGAAAUACAGGGGAGGCUUGUUGGGGGCCACAAGAAAUCUCUCUCCUCAAUCACAAGUCAAGAAUUUGUCUUUCCUUCACAACUUGAUUUUAGCCGUUCCAUGGCUCAUGUUCCAUUCCACCGUGCCGAACCAUACUAUGGUGGCUUAAUUGCUGCUUAUGGGCCACAAGCUAUGUUUCAUCAUCCCCAGAUGAUGGGGAUUUCUCCUGGUCGGGUUCCCCUGCCUCUUGAUCUUACAGAAGAUGAGCCAAUUUAUGUAAACGCAAAACAGUACCGUGCAAUUCUGAGGCGAAGGCAAUUUCGUGCCAAGCUUGAAGCUCAAAACAAGCUAGUCAAAGUUCGGAAGCCUUAUCUUCAUGAAUCUCGACAUGUUCAUGCAUUAAAGAGGGCUAGAGGAUCUGGUGGGCGCUUUCUCAACAUGAAAAAGCUCCAAGGUUCUAAGCCUAACUCCACAAGCCAUAGAGUGGAUGUUUCAGGUUCUGCUCAGCUACAUUUGACCGGAAAUAUGUCAGAACCUAAUGUUCACGAGGCUGACAACUACCGAGAUGGUGCUUCCACAACUUCUUGCUCUGACAUCACUAGCACCUCCAACAGUGAUGACAUCUUUCCACGGCAAGAUUUCAGGUUCUCUGGCUACCCCUCUCAUAUGGGUGGGACACUGCAAGUCCCGCUAGUUGAUUUUCAUGGUGGUGGAAACCAGCAGCAUGUUUCCAUCUUCCGGUGAACAGUCAACUCAGCAGUCUGUAUUCUGAUGUUCUGUUGGAGAUUACGACUGCUAAAUGUUGUUCCGUUACCCCGGGAAGUCAUCCUUGGCUAUUUGAAGUUACUCUUCUACCGUUUCUUGACCGUCAGAGUUAACCUGUGCUGGCAAAUGCUUUAACCCUUUUUCAAGCAAUGCAAGCAUGCUUGAAGAACUGAUGGUUAAGCGGUAUAUUGUGACAGAGAACAUGAUUUUUCUUGUGUGGUGAUGAAUAAUCUGCGCUUGUGCAGACAAUUGACAUACGGUUGAAGAAAUUUAUGUAUGCGAAGAUGAUACAUUUGUGUAUUUGUGCAAAGAAUAGCAAUUGACUUGGUUUAAUCUUGUACUGAAAAGCAGAAAGCUACUUUGAUCAAUGAAAUGAAUAAUACGUGAGAGGCCUCACUCACUCUGUGUGGUUUUUAUGU